CGCUCACGUCCAUGUCACGGCUAUAAGCGCGAACUUGCAUGAUAUGUCAAGUAUUCCGGCUUCUCUUAUCACUGCGAGGGCGACCAAGGUGUUGCAAAACAUGCUGAUGCGGGGUUUUACGACUGUGAGAGACGUUGGCGGCUGCGACUGGGGACUUGCAAAGGCAGUGGAAGAAGGAACAAUUCUUGGCCCGAGGAUCCUUUUUGGUGGCCAUGCGCUCUCACAAACAGGAGGUCACGGAGAUAUGCGACUGGCGGGAGAAGACGACAUUUGCUCGUGCUCGGGCUCCUUAGCCCUUGGUCGGGUAUGCGAUGGCGUCGCUGAAGCUCGUAAAGCUGCUCGAGAUGAACUUCGAAAAGGCGCUUAUCAUAUCAAAAUCAUGGCGUCUGGCGGUGUCUCUUCACCAACUGAUCAUCUUACUAGUUUGCAGUUUUCAGCUGAAGAAAUCUCUGCCAUUGUAGAAGAGGCUACGCAUUGCGGCAAGUACGUAUGCGCGCACGCCUACACCGCUACAGCUGUAAAGAGAGCGCUAGAGCUUGGGGUCCGUAGCAUAGAGCAUGGAAACCUCGCUGACACGGAAUGCUUAGAUUUGAUGAAGGUGAAAGGUGCAUUUCUAGUACCAACUCUUGUGACAUACCAUCAAAUUCGUCGCCAGGGUGAAGCGUCCGGUAUGGCCCCGGAGCUUGUUGCAAAGGUAGGGGACUUGCUAGAGAGAGGACUAGACGUGGUGGCACUAGCAGACCAACGAGGUGUGAAUAUUUGUUUUGGGACGGACUUGCUUGGUUCGAUGCACGACCAUCAACUCGAAGAGUUUUCUCUACGAUCACGCGUGCAGUCUCCUAUAGCGAUUCUUAAGUCUGCGACAAGUACCUGUGCGCAGCUCUUCAACAUGGAUGGCCAGAUUGGCUGCGUGGCAGAGGGAGCUUACGCAGAUUUGCUGGUGCUAGACAAGAAUCCAAUAGCAGAUAUCGGUGUUCUAGCCGAUCCCAACAAUCUGGUUAUGAUCCUCAAGCAGGGAGAAACUGUGAAGCUGCCGAAGGGACUGGCGACCAAGAUGGUAGAUGGCAGACCGUGGACUCAAAUUACAAGCUGAGAGCUCGACCAAGUAAGCAAGUGUUUAUGAUGUUCUUACAGUGUGAAUCUGUAGAGGAUGACCUUUGAGGGAAUUUACUACUCUGAGAAGGUGUUAUGUAUCAUUCAUCUAAAGUUGACGGUACGAUUCUGCGUUUUUCUUUGC